GUACCCUUCAGACCGAGAUGGCACUGCCCCCGGAGCUAUAUGAGAUCCCUGCCUCCCGGCUGAACUCCUUUGUGGCCCAAUGGCUGCAGCCCUGCCGCGAGUGGAAAGAAGAGGUGCUGGGGGCUGUGUGGACAGUGGAGAACUUCCUGAGGGAAGGCCACUUCCAAGGGGAGCGGGGACUGGACCAGGUGCGGGUGCUGAAGGUGGUCAAGGUGGGCUCCUUCGGGAACGGCACGGCGCUCAAGGACGUGGCAGAGGUGGAACUGGUGGCCUUCCUGAGCUGCUUCCGAAGUUUCCAGGAUCAGGCCAAUCUUAGCCAAGCCGCUCUGCACCUGCUACGGAGGGAGGCCUGGCGCUGCCAAGACCUGAAGGACCUCGGGCUCCAGAAUGUGAGGGUGGACCAGGGAGCCCUCGUCUGCACCAUCCAGAACUGGAGGAUGGCAGAGCCCAUCACAGUCACCAUCAUGCCUGCCUACAGGGCCCUGGGGCCUUCUGUUCCCAACUCGCAGCUGCAUCCUGAGAUCUACAACGAUCUGAUAGAGGCCGAGGGCUACCCUGGCAGCUUCUCCCCAUCCUUCAGCGAGCUGCAGAGAAACUUCGUGAAACAUCGGCCAACCAAGUUGAAAAGCCUCCUGAGACUGGUGAAACACUGGUAUCUGCAGUAUGUGCGAGCCAAGUCUCCAUGGGUGGAGCUGCCCCCUCUCUAUGCCCUGGAGCUCCUGACCAUCUAUGCCUGGGAAAUAGGUACACAGGAGAAUGUGAAUUUCGAGCUGGAUGAGGGCUUUGCCACUGUGAUGCUGCUGCUGAAGGAAUACCAGUACCUAUGCAUCUAUUGGACCAAGUUCUACACGUUCCAGCUCCAGAACACACGCAUCAGCGACUUCGUCAGAAAUCAGCUCAAAAAAGAGAGGCCCAUCAUCCUGGAUCCAGCUGACCCCACCCACAACGUGGCAGAAGGAUACAGAUGGGACAUAGUUGCCCAGCGCGCCAGACAUUGCCUGAAGCAGGACUGUUGCUACGAUGGGGAGGACCCAGUCCCCACCUGGGAAGUGAGGGGAGCACGAGACAUCCAAGUGACGGUGGAGCAAUGGGGUUCCUCAGAUUUGACCCUCUGGGUGAACCCUUAUGAUAUCAUAAAGAAGAUUAAAAUUAAAGUUCAGCGGGCCUGGGGCUACUUCGACCAGCAUCAUCUGUCCUUCCAGGAACCGAGUGGCAAGAGGCAGUUCCUCAAAACCCACUGCUCCUUGGCUGAUUACGGGAUCUUCUAUGACACUGACAUCUGUCUGGAGGAGAAUAUCUCCCUUGAAAUCCAGAUCUUUGUGAAGAAUCCUAAUGGUGGGAGUCACGCCUAUACCCUCCACCCCAACAGCUUAAUCCUGAGCCUGAAGCAGCAAAUUGAAAACAAGCAGGGAUUGCUCAAAAAUCAGCAACAGCUGGAGUUCCGAGGCCAGGUCCUGCAGGACUGGUUGGUUUUUAGGAACUAUGGUAUCCAAAACAAUGACAUAAUCAUGCUUUCCAGGAAAAUAGCUGGAAAGGCUCUACUCCCACCCAGCUAGUUUCCUCUGGGAAACCUCUCUGUAGUUUCUACCUCUGACGGCACUCUAAUCCUGGACUCAUCCUAUCAAGCCGUCCUUCCAGCUCUCUGUUGGGGAGGUCCCAUGUCACAACCAACUUUGUAAAUAGUUAUCCUAGCUCUGCCAAUAGAGGAAAGAGGAGAGAUUUGAAAGAUCAGACAUACAAAUGGACAAUGGCCAGACCAUAUAUGACAAUAGAAUCCUGACCACAAUCUCUGCAAGUAGUCAACCCAAAACCAUCAAGACUUGGUCAACAAUUGACAGAUUCCCUAAUCCCCAGCCCCGCUUCCAACUUAAGAUAAACAGAAAAAGCCAAAUAAGCUCCCUAACCAGUCACUCAGGAUGCCCCGCUUCUUGUUAGCCUACCUACACCUACCCCAUGCCAACAACCUUAAUCAGGAUCUUUUCUGAUCCCACUAUAAAGCUUUCCCACUGCCAUACCUGUCUUUAAGUCUCUGCUAAACACAUGGGAUAAUGACUGACUCCCUUCUAUAGAG